ACAAUGGCUACAUAGAAGGGAAGGAGCUUGACAACUUUUUUCAUCAUCUCCUGGAGAAGCUGGGUCCAGCGAACGCCAUCACAGAAGAAAAAGUUCAGAGGAUGAAGAAGCAAUUAAUGUCUGCCUACAAUGUUACCAGAGAUGGACGCUUGCAAAUCCAAGAGCUUGCGAGUAUGCUCCUGCCAGAUGAUGAGAACUUUCUGCUGCUUUUCCGACGGGAAACCCCCCUGGACAACAGUGUGGAAUUCAUGCGGAUCUGGCGCAGUUACGACGCUGAUAGCAGUGGAUUCAUUUCAGCUGGCGAGCUCAAAGAUUUCCUGCGAGAUCUGUUUUUGCAGCAUAACAGGGUGGUUGCUGAAGAAAAGCUGGAAGAAUAUACUGAUACCAUGAUGAAAAUCUUUGACAGAAACAAAGAUGGACGGCUGGACCUGAAUGACCUGGCGAGGAUUCUGGCACUCCAGGAGAAUUUCCUUCUUCAAUUUAAAAUGGAUGCUUGCAGCACAGAAGAAAGGAGGAGAGACUUUGAGAAGAUCUUUGCACACUAUGAUGUUAGUAAAACGGGAGCACUUGAAGGCCCAGAAGUGGAUGGGUUUGUCAAAGACAUGAUGGAGCUGGUCAAGCCCAGCAUUAGUGGGGUGGACCUGGACAAGUUCCGCCAGAUCCUGCUCAACCACUGCGACGUCAACAAGGACGGGAAGAUUCAGAAAUCUGAGCUGGCUUUGUGUCUUGGGCUUAAAAUGAACCCAUAGCUGUGAGAGCGCUCGUGGUUGUGGUCCCCUUGUGAGAUUUGCUUGCUGCUCCUCGUAGAAGUGUGUCUGUGUUGCCGUGGGGGGCGGGUGGGCUGGAGGGCAGCUGCAUGAAGGCACAGC